GGCCUCAGAGUCUCGUUUCUCGUCAGAGCGCGGCCUACCGCGAUAUAUCCGCGACCAGACUGUCACCACCACCACCACCAAAACAGUCGCGGCCGCCGCGGUCAAGCAAAGCACUCUAGAUAUCGAUCCCGACAUCGGCAUCGCACCGGCGAUUUUCUUUUGUUUUUUCGAUCGAUCGAGAUUCGCGAGUGGUGCCGAGCGUGAUGAUGCGACUUGCGGGGCUACUGCUUGCAUUUUUUGCGACUGUCCAAAGUAAGGCUGCGGAUAUUAGUAGCCAAGGCUUCAGGGUUGGACAUGAAGGACUGCCACAGCCAAAUCCACAGAAUCUACACCAGUUUAACAGCUUUACGAACCAAGACAAACUCGAACAAAUAUGCCAAAUCAUCAUGGCGCAAGGCGAGUUGAUCAACUUUUUCGGUAGAAAAUUGGACGCCUUUGACAUGAAACUAAACGUGUUCGAAUCGUCGGUGUUGAAACAACUGAACAUGAUGCAUGAGCAGCUGGUCGGCCAGAAGAACAUUCCAAAUGUGGAAGCUUUGGAAAGAAACCUCGCAGCGAAAUAUCAGCACAGUUUGGACAAGAUACAGGGUACUACUGAUACUAUCCAGAAGCAUUUAGAGAAAUUAGAGCAGCAGAUGGAAAAGCGGGAUUCGAACUUAGAAGCUGAACUUUCGUACGCCGUCGGUUCAUUGGAGAUGGUCAAGGCGAAGCAAAAGAUCUUAGAAACUAAGAUAGGAAACAAUACGUCGUCACUGAAUGCGGGACUAAAUAUGACAAAACACAUUCAGAAGCUAGUGUCACAUUAUCACACCGAUGAGAAAAAACAUAUGAAUAGAUUGCACGACAAUAUAAUCAACAGUCUUGUAUAUCUCGACAACAAAACUACAGAACAUUUCCUGAUAUCAGACGCAAACAAUCAGGUUUUGAGCCAGCUUAAGAAAGAGUUGAAGGAAGACUUCAACAGCUAUGCCAAUAAGGUGGCCGAUAUGACCACAGACCAAGGCACAUCCUCCAAAAACCUCCAAGUAUCCCUAAACAACAUAAAAUCGCAAAUAAGCACACUCCAAACAGGAUACAGGGGCGUGGUACGAAAAAACGGUACGGAUGGUCCUAGCGACAGCAUCGUCUAUGUGGAUGGGGACAUCAAGAGGGCUCUGGCCACCGGAUUUGAAAAGGUUCUGGCCAAUCAGCAAGAGUUCAUUAAGGGGUGCUACAAGGUACAGAUGCAGGAGCCGCAAAUUGAGAGUGAGAUCAGCGAUAUGUUGGAGAGGAUGUUGGAUAUGCUGGAGAAGAGGUUUGCCGUGAACGACAGAGACGCCAACACGUUCAAACACUUCCUCAAAAACAACCAUGAACAGGCCCAGAGGAACAUGUUGCAACUGAACGACAACAUUGCUUCGGUAUACAAGCAGAGUUCCGCGCAUUUUCGAGAGAUCGAAGGUAUGAUCGCACAUGCUCAGGAACGCAUGAAGGCUUUGUAUGCGUACGUAAAAAACGCUUUACCAGAAAAAGGUAAACGCGACAUUGUUGGAGAGGUACAAGAAAGUUUGAAUGCUCUGCAGGCGUAUUUGAAGAGGGUACUACCAGAAGACGAGAGGGAAAAGUUCAAGGAUAUUCUGGAUAAGUUGCAGAAAAUCGAAGAGUACAUGACAAAUCUAAAAGGGUGUCCGAAUAACAUUAAACCCGAGCUCGAAAACAUUCAAAAUUCACUGUCCCACUUGACGAGAGCGGUGAAACCUAUCGCGUGUGCAAAAAAUCAUGAUGUAGACACUAAAAAUGCGGUCCAAAAUGUGUUCGGAAAGUCACCAUCGUCUGCAAACAGUGGCUCAACAGAUUCAACAGAUUUGGGUUGGGAUCCUGCUUUGAUCAACAUUAGAGGAGACUUGGGCAAAAAUAGAAACCUGCUAGCUAAUAAUGAAACUGAAACUGUCACGGAAAGUACAUCGUCAUCGCUUCCUACCUAUGAUGAACUCAAAACAACUGUGCUGGAAAUAGCAAGUCAAUCUGAAUCAACAAUCCAACGAAAUGAUGAGCUUGUAACAAUUACAACAGAAAGUAGCUCAAGAUUUUCAACAACCAAUGAGUCUGGACCAAUUGUUGGCGAUCUUAAAUCACCACCAAAAGCUGGGUCAAAUGAUGAGUCUCCACCGAGUGUAGGUGGUGACGUUUCAUCACCAAAAAAUGAGUCAAAUGAUGAGACUAGAACAACUGUAAGUGAUGUAAUAUCAUCACCAAAAGUUGAGACAAAUAAUGAACCUGCAGUGACUGAAUCAUCACAAACUGAUCAAGUGGAAGAUGGACAAGUAACAACAGUAAGUGGUGUUCUAACAUCAAUAAAAGUUGAAGCACACGAUGAACCAGUUUCAACUGUAGGUGAUGAUGUAACAUCACGAAAAGUGGAAUCGACAGAUGAACCUGGAACAACUGUAAGUGCAGCUAUCUCAAAAGUUGAAGAAGAUGACAAAAAGUCAAAUGAUGAACCGGAAACGACUGUAAGUGAAGCUAUAGUAUCACCCAAACUUGAAUUAAAUGAUGAACCUAAAACGACCAUAAGUGAAGCCUCACCAAAUGUUGAGUCAAAUAAUGAUCCUGAAACAACUAUGAGUGAUUUUGGAUCAUCAGUAAAAGUAGAAGCCCAUGAUGAACCAGAAUCAACCGUGAGUGAUGUUACAUCAUCACCAAAAGUUGCAGAUGGUACACCACCAAAACUUGAAUCAACUGAUGAACCUGAAAUAAGUGAUAAUGUAUCAUCAAAGGAAGUUGAUGCAGCAAAUGAUGAACCUGGAAGAACUAUAAAUGAUAAUGUAACAUCACAGAAAGUUGAUGAAGCAAAUGAUGAACCUGGAACAACUGUAGGUUAUGUUGUUUCAUCACCAAAAAUUCAGUCAAAUGAUGAACUGGAAACAACCUUAAGUGACAAUGUAACAUCACGAAAAAUGGAUAAGGCAAAUGAUGCACCAGGAACAACUAUAAGUGAUACUGUAACUAUAUCAUCACAAAAUGAUCAAGUAGAAUAUGAACCUAUAACAACAGUAAGUGAUGUUCUGUCAUCAAAAAAAGUUGAAUCACAUGAUAAGCUUCAGACAGCUGUUAGUGAUGCUGUGUCACUACAAGAUGAUAAAGCAGAAGAUGUGUCAGUAAAAAGUGACACUGAAUCAACUGAAUUAGGGCCUAGAACUACCAAAGAAGCUGAUCAACAUUCUGAAAAAAGAUGAAGGUGCAUUUAGAAAACUUCCUGAUCCUGGCUUAGAAUACAAAUGAUUUGUCAUUCCAAAUUAUUUUACAAAUUUAGAUAAGUAAAAUAAUAUAUGUAUAUGAUGCUUAAGUAUUAUUUUGUUAUUGUACUUAUGAGGAACAUAUGUCAUUUGUCAUAUAAGAUGUGAUCUUUUGUGUAAUAAUAUUGGAUGAUACCAUUUUAAAAACAGAUCAUGGUUUUAUUUACUUAAACGAAUCUAACAUUUAGAAUCAUUUAUUUAAAAAAAA